GAUACGUUUCACUUGAGAAUUUAUUUAGCAGUUCACAGUAAGAUUGUCAACUUUGUUUGGUGCACAUUUCAUUUGGAGAUUGACAUCAAACUUAACGUUAAAUCUUUACUGAGUUUCUAGAGAAGUGUUUAUCUUAGAACCUGAAACAAGCAAAGGUCACAAUGCAGUCCAACCAGCCUAAAGUCGAAGAAGUUGCAUCCGACAACAUUGUCGAAAGGGAAGUACAGCCACCCAAGCCACCAAAGCGCAAGAAGAAGAAGAUGUCAUUUGCAGUCUGGUGGGAGCUGCACGCACCUGAGGAGCUGAAGACUUCUGCUGAAAAUAUCGAACAGCAAGACUCUUCCCUGGUGAUUGAAAAUGAAUCAAUUGCCAAAGCACUGGAGACAGUAGGUCAGAAAGGGAACAGACUGACACCUGAGAAUGGGUCCAAUGAGAAGAACCAGGUAACAUUUGAAACCUGGUCGGAGGAACACAUCCCCAUUGACCAAAAGAUUUCUGCAGAAAAUAUUGAAAAGCAGAAUGACCCACUGGUCAGUGAAGAAGAGUCCAUCGCUGGAGUGCAGGAGAUAAUCGGUAUAACAGAGAAAGAACAGCCCUCUAAGUCUAAGGAACAGCCACCAACGAUGAGGCGCAACAAGAAGAAAAAGAUACCGUUUAAGAUCUGGCUGGAGAAACAUGCCCUAACGAUUUCAGCUGAAGAUACUGGACUGCAAGACACUUCAAUUGACACCAAACAGGAAUCGACCUCCGUACUGCAGGAGAAGGAACAAUGCUUAACGUCUUGCACUCAAAACGUUAAUAUGCAGGACACUUCUCUGCCUGACGAAGGUGAUCAGGAAGAUUCCUUGAAAAAGGAGUGUUGUAUAGAAGAACCUGUGAUUUCUACAACACAGCUGGUCACCAAAAAGAAAUCCACCUCCAAAUCACAGAGGAAAGUGGAUCAAAAAGGGGCAAAACAGACAUCAAAGACGAAGCGCAUCAAGAAGACGCCACUAUUAUGGAAAUCUUUCCCCGAGUCAGACGCUUCCAUAGAUAUGAUGUUUUUGACAGGAAAUAGUGGCGUCAAUAACGGUCCUCUGCUGGAAAAAACAGGUUAUCAGGAAGCUUUGCCCAGCAGCGGAAAGAACACAUUUUGGAAAGUGUUACCUGAAUCAGAAGCUCACAUUGACCUUAAUUUCUUCGCUGAACAUUUCGAACGGCAAGAUGAUUCAGUACCGCCAAAAGACAGUGAACAGAUCACGACCCUGAUUAACCACAAAGACAGGCCAAAGAAGUCGGAGCGGACGUUGGCAGCGAUUCACCGUGUGGGUCAGGCGGUGAGCGUGGCUGUGGGGCGUUUUGUCGCUGUUGGGGAGGCCAUUGCCUCAGAAAACCAGGAGCUGAAGGAUGAAAUGGGUCAGGCAUGCUUUGAAGCACGCAGAGCAGGUGAUGCAAUAGCCCAGCUGACAGACGUGGGGUCAGCCAUGCAGCCUCAGACAGACGGGCGUGUCACAGUGUUCAGUGACAGGACUGGGAUGGUAAAGGCCGCCCGCCUGCUCCUCUCAUCAGUCACUAAAGUCCUCGUCCUUGCCGAUCGCAUCGUCAUCAAACAGAUAAUCACAUCACGCAAUAAGGUUCUUGUAACACUUGACAAACUGGAAAGAGUCAGCACCUUCCAGGAGUUUGUGCAGAUUUUCAGCCAGUUUGGCAACGAGAUGGUGGAGUUUGCUCAUCUCACAGGAGACAGACAGAAUGACUUGAAAGACGACAAGAAGAAGGCGAGAAUGGCAGCAGCCCGGGCAGUGCUGGAGAAAUGCACCAUGAUGCUCCUCACAGCCUCCAAGACUUGCCUCAGGCACCCAGACUGCGAGUCGGCGAGGAUCAACAAAGACGCCGUGUUCCACCGAAUGCGCUGUGCCCUGGAGCAGGUCAUCGAGAUAGUCACCGAGGCACGGAGCUGUGGGGAAAACAAGGUCCUCCCUACGAGUAUCUACAACAGCAUCAAGGACUUCAAGGGCAGCGUUGAGUGCCUUAGAGAGAACCUGCACUCUUCGACGCCGCAGAUCAUGGCCAGUCAGCUGGAGACGCUGGUGGAGCGCACCGAGGACUUCACCGAUUCGCCCUACACCAGUCAUGAGCAGCGGCAGGCCAUCCUCAGCGUGUGCCAGCUGGCCCGCCAGGACACCCAGCAGCUGGUGCACGCCUGGAUCGAGGUGCAGCAGUCUGUUCAUGCCAAAGAGGCCACAGAGGAGCUGGAGGUGGCCAUUCUGAAGACGUGCCAGAGCAUCAGUGACCUGAGACGAGAGCUCCAUAAGGUCGCGGUGGGCCGCGCCUCCGACUUGCUGAAAGCCCACGGCGAGCAUCUGCCUCUGAGGGCCCUCAAAGCUGCUGGCGCCGAAGGGAACCUGGAGGCAGUGGCAGAGUAUUCGCGGACGCUCACUGAGCAGAAGGAGCAGCUGGUGGAGACAUGCAGAUUGUUGUGCCAUGUGUCGGGGACGGAGCCAUUAGAGAUUACCUGUAUACACGCAGAGGAGACCUUUCAUGUCAUUGGUCCACAGAUCAUCUCAGCUGCCCAGACAUUGGCCCUUCAUCCAUCCAGUAAGAUUGCUAAAGAGAACCUGGAGGUGUUCUGCGAGGCCUGGGACUCCCAGCUCUGUGACAUGGCCCUGCUGCUCAAAGAGAUCAAUGACGUCUUUGAAGGAAGACGAGGUGACAAAAGGCCCUAUCUGUCUCUUCCAAGACCUGGGAAACACUCAACUAAUCUGAAGACUGCCAAGGCUGUCAAGUUGGAUGCAGAGGAGCAGACAAGCAUGGCCAAGCUGGGGCUGGAGCUUCGUCUGCUCUCAUCAGAUGUGGACUCGGAGGUGGAGAAAUGGGAGGAGCAGGAACAUGACAUAGUGCGGCAGAGCCAGAGCCUCGCCAGCAUGGCGUACAACAUGUACCUGUUCACAAGAGGGGAGGGGCUGUUGAAGACAACUCUGGAUCUUUUUCAUCAAGCUGAGGUUCUGUCUGAAGAGGGACUUCAGCUUUGUUCAUCUCUUCGUACAUUUUCCUCUCAGCUGGUUGAUGAGGAAAAGUCUGUGGUGAUCACAGAAACGGAGAAACUGGUGGUGUUGUGCCAACAGCUGCAGAUGGGGGCCAAAACUCCUGUACAGGGCAAGACUGCCACCUUCCAGAAGGUAGACUCAUCCAUUCAGACAACCAGAAAUAUCAUGACUGUGGUCCUCUCCCUCCUUCCCAUUAUGAAUAAGCUAAAUAAAAAGUACAAGUCAGAGAGGACGAGCCUCAGCUCCCUGCAGGACUGGGGAGAACGACCGGACGCAUCCACGCCUGUCAAAGAGGAGGGCGCUCUCAGCAGCAAAAACACAAACGGCUUUGGAGUCAAAUCCCUGGAACAGCACAUGGCCGGGCUAAACCUCCUGGAGAGCAAAUAAUCCUGGAGAAUGUCUCCUUGUUCUUUUAUUCCACUGUUGUUGUCAGAGCACCACAUAACCAACCUUACCUCUGUGAAAUUAUCCCAUCAUCCCCUCCUACCACUGUAGCCUGGACUUGAACUACAAGGCAAAUAUGGCUGCCUAUGGGUCAGAUAGAUUGAAGUUGGCACGUGGGAGAUGACUCUGAAGGUGUGCCAAGAAAGAAAUGCCAACUGAAGCUCUGUAUGUGGAUUCACUCCACUUUAGGUACUUAGCAUGAACCACUAGUCAACAAUCAGUCUUAAAAUGAAACUGAUUUCUGACUUGAUUUUGAUUUUCAGGGUUCCUCAACAUUCAUAUUCAAAUGUUAUACACUUUCAGCUUUAUUUUUUUUUCUAGCAUUCUGUAGAUAAACUGAACAAAAAUGAGGUCAUGAAAUUGGCCACCAGUUUUCUGUGUGGUUUAGGGGCAUCUGGGCUGUAUUACAUGAAGACUUUUUCAAAAUCUUUAACUCCUGGAUUUGUCAAAGUGUCAGACUAAAAGCAGAUAAUUUAAAGCACCAUUUGUGUGCUUUGGUACCAAAUGCUGCAGUUCUUCUUUGUCUGGCAUUAUAAUCCCACUAACCUUAAGAACCACAUAGGCCAUUCUAAUUGGACAAAAAUAAAAUUAAUAAAUAAAAAGAUUGCCCCCUUUUUAAAUUCUGAGUGUGGAUUCAGUCAUUAAGUAAAAAACUAAAAUGCUGAAACAAUAAAAUCAAGUGUGACGAGUCUAUUCAAAGAUAAUAAAUGUAAUUCGAGGUUAAAUCAAUGUAUCUUUAAGAAUUCUUGGACUGAAAAUACCUUAGAUGGAAAAGUAAAACUGGGAUAUCCAACAAUUUUCCAUACUUAUCCAGACCUCAAAAAUAUUGAGAGCAGAUUGAAAACUUCUCCAGGCUGUGAGUCAUAGUUCAGCCACACAUCUGUUGUCGCAACGUCCCUGUGUGUCCUGACCCCCCUUUGUUUUUUGGUGUAUUGUAACUGUGUUGCACAAGCAUGGUGGUAACAUAUGUAACUGCCAUAAUGUCACUUCCAAACAGAUCACAUUAAAAAAGAAAGAAGAAAAAAAAAUUACACUAUUUGCCAUAGCAUUUACUAUAGAGCAUUCCCCAUGUGACAUGUUAAUAGAAAACUAGGAUUUAUGCCAAAUGAUUGAGAAACAUUAGCAGAGAUAUUUUUUUUUUCCUUUGAGUGACAAGAAAAAGCUGGAGUUGGUCAUUUAAGCUGCUGAGGAAUCAGGAUUUUAUUUUAAAGCAUGUAAAGCGAAACCAAAUCAUCCGUCAGAUUUAAGAGUUGUGAACGGGCAUCGAAUAGAACCUUCAAGUGUACUUGUUAUGAAGACUAUCAGUGUGAAGCUGCCAAACAAGCCAAUAUGUAUUAUAGUUUAUGAGAUGUUUAAAUAUAUAGUGUGGUACUUAAAGCAGUUAAUGGGAAUCUGAAGGUUAUCACUUUGGUACUGUGAGAGCAGGAGAUAGUGAUUCAAAUCUACAAUACAUAGUAGGCUUUAGGAAAAUUAUGUAUCUUUUAGGAGAGCAACUAGAUAUUCUGGACAUUAUGAUGCCACCACAAAUUUAAAUGUUAAAAAAAUUGUUUUGGACCAUCUAUUUUUUUUGUUGAAAGGUUGAUAAAAGGGUGAGAAAAUAAAUAAAAAAUAUUUUUCAUA